AUGCCCAGGCAGGAGACAUAUUGCGACACAGAGGAUAGGAAGGUUCAGAGGUGGAUCGAGGCAAAAAUCCGUCACGAUCCAGAGGCUGAUCCUCCCACCCUGGGGGUCCCGGAAAUGCAUGCGUUCCACGAUUCGAUUCAUGAAUGGAUGAUGACCUAUGGAGAGCUCAAGCGGCUGUUUGGCAUCAAAACAAGCGAGGUUCAAGUUAUCCGGUCAUACGGAGAGUCGCCGCACGCCAAAGAACUCGAAACCAUGAUAAAACAAAGGACGGAGACCUACGAUAGGCAAUUCAGGAGAGUCGAGUACGAACAGCUGGAUAGGAUGUGGGACGACCUUCAAAAUCAAGUACUAUGCACGAUCUUAAAACGUUGUAUCAAGGCACGAAAGAAAGCGCUUGGAUGCUCUGGGCGAGCAAGAAAGCCAAUCCUUCGUCCAACCUACGUUAAAGGUCAACAAAUGGUCCUACCUUACCGAGACAAACAUACUGCUCUGCCGAAAGACCAAGAGUAUUUCCUUGCAGACUCAACGUACGCGAUCGGGUUCAAAGACAGCACUGGCAGGGUCCGUGACUACUUUAUAAUCCUUUGGGAGCGAGUGAUAAACAAGCGGCUCCCCUUGAUUCUAUACAUGGCCAUCACCCACCUGAGACUCAAAAGAGAGGGACGUAAUGCCGUUGUUUAUGGACUCCACACCGACAUGUCAACCUUCGUUUUUCUCAAGAUUGACCGUAACUCCGAGCUGAUCGAGAACCUUGGCGAGUUGGACCUACUCUAUGGCUUCUCAGGGCGAGUCCGCGAACCACGCGACCGGUGCUGGGAUGUCACAACCAAGACAAUGAGGCCUCCCUGGAGCGGUCUCGACGAGCUAGUCACCCAAAUUGACAAUAUAUUGGAAACUGCGGACGAGGACUGCUAUGGAGUGAGAGGGCCCGCAUCUGUGUGGAGUGAUCAAUGCAACAAAUUCUGGCCUAGAUGA